CCACCGGAAGCCACGGAGCUUCGGCCGCGCUGCGAUUUCGAUUAAUAAGGACUUUUCCCCAAGCUCGAGGUGGUGUCGCGGGGCGGCGCGCGGCAGCCACUUUGCUCCUGGACGCUGCCAACCCCACGUACGGGAGGCAGCGAGGGACAACAUCGAAGUGUCAGGGCGCUGUUCGGGCGAGCUGCUGCCCCUCCCCAGGCGCUGAUUUCACUCCGGCCCGGCUGGCCUCCCGAUGCUGCGAUGGCUGAUGGGAGGCGGGCGGGAGCCGCAGGGGCUCUCCGAGAAAUCAUCCGUGCAGAGCUUGGGUGAAGAACAAAUACAGAAUCUCUAUACUGAGCUCCUUGUACUGAAAGGUCAUCAUGAUAUAGUGAGAUUUCUAGUACAAAUAGAUGAUUGCAGAUUUGCAUCUGCAGGAGAUGAUGGAAUUGUAUUUCUGUGGAAUGCUCAGACUGGAGAAAAGUUAGUUGAGCUACAUGGACACACGCACAAAAUUACAGCUAUUGCAGCAUUUCCUUCAUCUGGUGCUUAUGAAGAAAAAAAUCAUUUGAUCUUAACAGCAUCUGCUGAUAGGACAGUUAUUGAAUGGGAUUGCAAUAGUUGCAGGCAAGUUCAGAAAGUGUCAUGCUUCCAUUCCACUGUAAAGUGUUUGACAGUUCUUCAAAGACUGGAUGUAUGGUUAUCUGGAGGGAGUGAUCUAUGUGUUUGGAACAGAAAAUUAGAUCUCUUGUGUAAGACCAGUCAUCCCACCGAUGCAGAUAUCAGUGCUUUGGUUGAAUUGCCUAAAAACUGUGUUGCAGCAGCUGUUGGCAAAGAGUUGAUAAUUUUUAGGUUGGUAGUUUCCACAGAGGGCUCUGAAGGUUGGGAUGUCCUUGAAGUAAAACGCCUGGAUGACCAUCAAGAUAACAUCCUCUCAUUGGUCAGUGUCAAUGAUUUGACUUUUGUGACUGGCUCUCAUGUGGGUGAGCUUAUAGUCUGGGAUUCACUGGAGUGGAUAAGUCAAGUAUGUGAGCGCAACACAUGGGACCCCUCUUUCCACACAGUCACACAACAAGAAAUUAAAUUAUCACAAAACCAACAUGAAGUUUCAAUUCAGCAUUUAACAUCUGAUGCGGAGUGUGUGUUUGCUGCUGUUGGGAAGGGCAUAUAUGUCUAUAACCUUCAAAUGAAGCGUGUGAUUGCCUGCCAGAGAACUGCUCAUGACUCCAUUGUAUUGCACAUUGCAAAACUUCCAAACAGGCAGUUGAUAUCAUGUUCAGAAGAUGGCAGUGUUCGCAUUUGGGAGCUACGAGAAAAGCAGCAGCUUCCAGCUGAGCCUGUUCCAACAGGGUUUCUCAACAUGUGGGGAUUUGGAAGGGCCAACAAACAAGCAAGCCAAACUGCUAAAAAGAUGCAAGAAAGCACUACAUCAUAUUCCUUAGAGCUUAUUGGCGAUUUGAUUGGGCAUUCGUCAGCCGUGCAGAAACUGCAACGAGAGUCAAGUCUUUCAGCAUAUAAUUGGUUCAAGAUAUAACCAGAACACUUGCUCGUAAAUGGAAGAAUGAGAAGAAAAAACAUUUUACAGUAUAAAACCUACAAGUCAACUUAUUUGAAUAAAAAUCCAUUGGAAAAAAAUGUAAUCAGAACUAAAACUUCGUAUAGUGGUACAUUAUGGGAAUAAUUAAUAUAGACAGUUCACCAAAAACUCCAUUCGUCAAAUAUACACAACGCAGCAUUAUAAUACACAGCAAACUGCCUCAGCUAUGACAAAAGUAAGAUUCUAUUACAAUUCUAACAAAAAUAUAGCUAAUAUACAUUUCUCUGCAUGGAAAUUGUACAGUUUCCAUUUGUUUACAUAACUUGGUACAAAACAUAGAAAAAAUGUUGGCACAUUAUGUAAGCUUCCUGCAGUAAACUACAAUCAUUGUCAUUUUUCCUCCAUAGCAGUAUGUCUGUUUUCUUUUUACCUGGUUUACUACUUGAUGCAGCACAAAACAGAGGUAUAGAGCUUGUCCAAAGUCCUUUAUUUUCUGUGAGCAAUGCGUUACCUCUUUCUACAAAGUCACAGCUCGCAACUCUUGACUGCAGGUUGGAGUGCACAGUGUUAAAAAUCAAUAAUUGCUGUUAGCUGUUUUGCUAGUAUUAAACAAAGUCUAAAAUCUGAA